AUGGAUUCCACAGAUCCUUUUCUUCAAGUCCAGGCGGACGUCCUCGAGACCCUCCAAGCCAGUCGGCCGCUCUUCUCCUCCUAUCUCCGCAUCCGCUCGCUUGCCAAAUCCCCCAACAACCCAGAACUCAAGCAAUCACGCACUGAACUAGAAACCACUCUUACCGAAUUGACUGCCGACCUCAAUGACCUGGUCGAAUCUGUCCGCGCCAUCGAGCAAGAUCCCUACCGGUUCGGCCUUGAGCUUGAGGAAGUUCAGCGUCGGCGCAAGCUCGUCGACGAUGUCGGGCGGGAGAUCGAGCAGAUGCGCACCGAGCUCGCGCAAGCUGUUUCCGCAGCGCCUGCAGAACUACCCAAUCCGACCGAAUUUGAUGCAGCAUUGGAUGCGGAGGAGGGCCGCGGAGACGAUUAUUACGCGGCCUUGGAGCAGCAGCGGCAAGUGGAGUUGAUGCACGAGCAGGACGAGCAAUUAGAUGGAGUGUUCCGGACAGUAGGUAACUUGAGGCAACAAGCAAACGACAUGGGACGAGAAUUGGAAGAUCAGGGAGCCAUGCUUGACGAGAUCGAUACUCUGGCCGAUCGGGUGGGUGGGAAGUUAAACAGUGGAAUGAAACGGAUUCGGCAUAUUGUGCGCAAAAAUGAGGUCCAUGGGAAUAGCCAUGGUGGAAAGAACGAGUGGGAAUCAUAA